GUCUGUUUUUAAGAGGAUAAACAAAACUGCAUGAGCCACCAGCAGCAGUGAUCUGGUAACUACAGAGUCGCAUGCAGGUGUGACUAUGGGAAAGUCUUUUUCCAGCCUCACUAAGCAGACCGGCCAGGAUAAUGGCCAGGAGAGCCUGACCUCUCCUCUGGAGGACUCUCAGAGUGAGGACGGAAAGGGUGGAGACGUCUCCCAGUUUCCUUAUGUGGAGUUCACAGGACGGGACAGUGUGACAUGUCCCACAUGUCAGGGCACAGGGAGGAUCCCCAGAGGACAAGAAAAUCAACUUGUGGCAUUGAUUCCAUACAGUGACCAAAGGCUGCGACCCAGAAGGACGAAGUUGUAUGUGUCGGCAUCAGUGGUGGUCUGCCUGUUGCUGUCCAGUCUGGCUGUGUUCUUCCUCUUCCCUCGCUCCAUCGAUGUGUCCUACGUCGGAGUGAAAUCCGUUUUUGUCAGCUACGACGAAGAGAAACGCAGCGUUUAUCUCAACAUCACGAACACGCUCAAUAUAACCAACAACAACUACUACUCAGUGGAGGUGGCCAACAUCACAGCUCAGGUGCAGUUUGCCAAGACGGUGAUCGGUAAAUCUCGCAUCAGCAACAUCACUGCCAUCAGUCCUCUGGACAUGAAACAGAUAGAUUAUAUGGUCUCCACCACCAUUGCAGAUGAGAUGAACUACAUGUAUGACUACUGCACUCUCCAAACCAUCAAGGUCCACAACAUUGUCGUCAUGAUGCAAGUGACUGUCACCACCACGUACUUUGGUCAUGCGGAGCAGGUGUCUCAGGAGAUGUACCAGUACGUGGACUGUGGAGGGAACACCACCUCUACUAGAGGGAUGACCAAGCUGCUCAGCAUCCCACAUCCUGCUGAGUAACCCCACCACUGUCCUCACCAGCCUUAGAUGGUUCACUGUGUUUUCCCUUCUCCUCCACCUGCAGCGCCUCACAAACUGCUGUUGUCACAAUGCAGCAGUAAUUGACUGCAAUAUAAAUACUAAAAGAAAUCCACACUAAGACAAGAACAUGAAGUUGUUUCUUAUGGAGGUGAAUUGAAUUCAGCAAAGAGAAAACAAUCUACAGUAGCAAUAAUAUUAAUUACUAACACUUUAUCAUUUCAAGAUGCUAGACAAUUACCUCAUAAUAACAUGUAUUUUAUUGUCACCACAUACAGUAUGUGUCUCAAAGGAUGAGUUCCACACCUCAAAAUUGUAAGAAAGCUCCUAAAUACAAGAUGUGUAUCUUAAAGUAACAGUACUGUCUCAUAGUUAGGAGAUGCAUAUCUCAUAAUUAUGACUCUACUUCAUAAGUACAGGAAAAGUAUAACAUAGUUACAAGAUCUGUAUCUUGAAAAUACUAGAAAACAAUUAUAUAAUUAAUAUUUUUUUUCAUUAUUUAUGCUAAUAAUUACAAGCUAUACAUCUAGUUAUUACAAGAACACUUUUUAACUAUGAAAUCCUGAUCUUGUCAUUGCGAGAAGACUAUUUCAUGAUCAAGAUCGGUAUCAAACAAUUGCAAGAAACUGUAUAAUUAGGAGAUCAGUAUUUACAAAUGACAAGAAACCUAAUUCCUAUCUCUUGUAAUUACCCAAAAACAGUUUUAUGAUUAUGAGAUCAGUAUUUUGUAAUUACAAGAAAACUCUUUUGAUAAUUACGAGAGCCGUAUCACAAUAACAGGGAUACCAUGCCUCAGUACAUAUUUGUCCGGUCAAAGGAAUAUAUUUCAGGGGUCCCAAUUUGCCCCAACAAAAUUUAAGCUGACGUAGUUAGCUAGUUACUUUAGUCCCCUUAUCUCAAGAGUGUUCUUUUAGCUUUUACUACUUAUUUACUUUGGUUCAAAUGCUGUUAUGUUUUUUCAAUCCUUAGCUGGGGGAAUAUAAAUGUUCCUCUGCAAAUCUCUUUUAAUUUAGCAAAAUAUGCCAAACCUCUGAAGGUAUAGGUGCAUAUUUUAGACUACAUUCCAAAAAUAUUGGAUAAGUAUGAUGCUUGGCUACUAGGCUAAUUAAUACCAAAAUAAGCUAUACAUGCCUUUUUUUCAAGACAGAGUUUAGCAAUUCUAAGAUGGGAGCUUCUUGGCCAGACCAUGAAGUGAAACCCCAGCUAUUUUAAGAUUAAGACAUAUGUAUGUCCUGAUAGUGAGAAAACAAGGUUUUUUUUUCUACAGUUUUGAGGUGGCAUCAUCAUCUUAUUGUGACAACACUCAUUAAUAAAUUCCACUCCAUCAUAAUCUAAGAUUUACACAAGAGGAGGAAACAAAAAGGGUAUUUGUUCUAAUAAUAAAUGUAGAUUUGAAAACUUGAUGAAGGCAUUUCACUACCGACAGAACCCUAAUGCACUUUAUAAGUAUAUUUAAAUAGCACACUUUAUCAGCGGUUCCAAGUACUCCAAAGCCUUUUCCUCCACCUCAGUGUGUUAGGCUCUAUGAAGAUGGAUCAACAAAAAGUGGUGUUAUUACAUGAUAACAAUAUUCAGAUACUGAUGUGUCUGAUUAUGAAAUACGUAGUGUUCCUCUAUGACUGCUUUGAAUUUGUAUGAUCCUCUGAAUAAUCUACCAUUCUAUGUAGUUGCCGGGUGCUCAUAAUUAUAGUUUAUACAUUGCUUGUCGUUAUAGCUUUUUUUUUGUCUUCAUAUUUGUAAUUAAUUGAAAGUGUCAUUCCACAUCAAAGAAAGAGGGGGAAAUUAUUCUUGGCUUGCCACCUUGUGAGUAAUACCCACACCACUAAGCUUUUAGCACCACCUAUUUCACUAGGAUGAAUUUCACUGCAACACUUUCUCAUGCGACCAGGCCUGACCUCCUCGUUGGACAGAGGACGCUAUAGAUAUGCACUACAUUAAAGCUGCACAGGGUGUAAACAGAGCAUGAAGGCACCACUUGUUGGCAGUACAAGCAAACGUAUUAAACAGAGUGGAGUUGCUCUUUAAUUCAAAGGAAUUAUCACUUCAGAGGGUUCACGUCCUCGACCUAUUACUGUACUGGCAACUCUGUAAUGAAAAAGUAAGCAAAAUGUAAAAUGGCAAGCAAGCAUAUUUACUUAUAGAGUAACUAAAACUCCAAACAACUUUUUCAUCUGAAAAUAAAUGGAUAUGGGUAUUCAGAUCUGUUUUUUGAUGGGUUCAGGUCCAAAUUUUGAAAUUUAAGUCCACAUUAUUAGUAGUCAUCUAUUUUUAAAGCUGUACAAAACCGGAAAUCAAUUUUCUGAAUAUUUAUUGGAUUCAACACCCGUUAGAAACAAUGCAGACCACUGAAGCCUUUUGGUCGAUGAAUCGUGAAGGGCUGUAAUUUAUUAGGAUUAUUAGUAGUUGUACAUUUCUUGAAUAAAUAAAGCAUUAUAUUCUGCUCUUGCUAUCCUGCAAAUAGGUUUAUUUAAAAUGAUUGAAUGAUUGAAUCCUGUGAAGUUGGGAUCAUUAUGACUGAACAAGUUGAUUUGCACAUAAUGCAUACUUAUCCUUCUAACUGUGGUGGUUCCUAGAAAUGGUGGUCUCAUUUUUAUACCUUAAAUAAAAAUAAUGACUAAUAUUUUCUCUAACAUUUCACCUAAUUUAUUUUGUUAAUGACACACAUAUAUAUUAUGAUCUUUGACCAAUAGUCAUCUAGUUUUGUAUCAAAUCUAUUUUGAAUUUGAAAAAACAUCCUGGGUAUCUAGAAUUUUGCAUGAUUUAUGUCAACAUCCUGUAAAUAUUUAGAAAUUGUCAUUAUAAUAUAACAUUCCUACAAACUUUGAUAUUUGGGUAGCUAGACUACAGCUGUAACAUUUGUAUUGAGUGGGAUUUAAAGAGAAGCACACUUUUUUUUUUAUCCUAACAUGCACCUUUAACAGUCCCUAUUAACUUUUGAAAAGCUAUUUUAGACUCCUACCUCCAAUGUCAUUUCAAAGAUUUUAUUGAUCAUUAUUCAUAGUUUUAUAUUUGUCUUGGGAGUAUGAAUAAA